AUGCGUAAAAACUCCGUCAGUUUAUACAUUAACCGUUCCGAUGAAACCCAUUAUAUAUCGACGGACAUUUCACGCUAAAACGGAGUUUUCACGCUAACACUUACUUUUCACGCUAAAUCACGCGUGUAUAUAUAAACAACAACAACAACAAUCAAUUAUUAAAUCGCUUAAUUUCAAAAGCCUAGUGAGUCUGCGUAAACACUGUGGCGAUUGAAGCAUUGCGAGAAAACCCAACGCCGUGGUUGAACAACGAUAACCCUUUCAGCCUCGCGUGCAUUCUCUUUGCCCUAAUUUUCCACCGUAGAUCCAAUUUCACUUUAGGUUAACUGCAUUUGGAAAGGUGCAAGCAUGUUUGGUUCAACAAAUCCUUUUGGGCAGUCUUCGAGCCCAUUUGGGUCGUCGCAGUCCGUGUUUGGGCAGCAGAACAAUUCGAGUAACAAUCCGUUUGCUCCUAAGCCUUUUGGUAGCCCAACACCAUUUGGAUCGCAAACCGGUACUUCAAUGUUUGGAGGUUCUUCCACAGGUGUAUUCGGCGCAGCUCAAACAUCGUCUCCAUUUUCUUCCAAUACUACUUUCGGAGCUUCGUCUUCACCAGCUUUUGGUAGUUCAACACCUUCAUUUGGGGCACCAUCAACUCCAGCUUUUGGUAAUUCAUCAUCGUCUUCGUUUGGUGGAUCAUCAGUCUUUGGUCAGAAGCCUGCUUUUGGAGGUUUUGGCUCUACUCCUACUCAAACAAGUCCAUUUGGAAGUGCCACCCAACCAUCACAACCGGCAUUUGGAAGUAACACCCAACAAUCACAACCAGCAUUUGGAAGCAGCAUAUUUGGUUCCUCAACACCUUUUGGCGCUUCAUCCCAGCCAGCAUUUGGUUCAACAGGCACUCCUGCAUUUGGUGCUCCGAGCACUCCUGCAUUUGGUGCAACUAGCACCCCCGCUUUUGGUACAACCAGUACCCCAGCUUUUGGUGCAACCAGCACCCCUGCAUUUGGUUCAACUACAACCCCAGCUUUUGGUAGCACAGGAAGUGCAUUUGGCAUGUCAAAUACUUCCGUGUUUGGAGGUGGGGGAGCAUUCGGGGCUUCAAGUAGUCCUGUAUUUGGCUCAUCAACCACACCUGCAUUUGGGGCCUCCAGCUCUCCUGCUUUUGGUGCUUCUAGUACCCCAGCUUUUAGUUUUGGUUCCUCCACUCAGGCUUUUGGUCAGUCUAGUUCUGCAUUUGGUACCAGCAGCCCAUUUGGGAGUACAACCUCAGCCUUUGGAGGUCAGAGUUCUGCAUUUGGAUCACAGACCCCCACUCAAGCAUUUGGAAAUACUGGUAUUGGGCAGUCAGGAUUUGGAGGUCAACGGGGUGGAAGUAGAGUAGCUAGUUACUCGGCUACAACUGAGUCGGAUGGUACCGCUGGACAAUCUGGAAAAUUGGAGUCCAUAUCAGCCAUGCCUGUUUACAAAGAUAAAAGCCACGAGGAGCUAAGAUGGGAGGACUAUCAAUUGGGAGAUAAAGGUGGACCAAUUGCCUCUGCUCCUCAGUCAACUGGUAUGCCAGGCUUUAAUUCAUCUACGACACAGACAAAUGCCUUUGCUCCUUCUCCUUCACCUGCAUUUGGUCAAUCAUCAGCCAAUCCCUUCUCUAGCCCAACACCUAAUUCUAACAACCCAUUUGCACCGAAAACUUCAACAUUUGGUCAAUCAUUUGGAAGUUCAGCUCCCGCUUUCAGUUCACCUGCAUUUGGCUCUUCAACAUCAGCAGCAGCGCCAUCUAUUUUUGGCCCAUCCCAAACUACAUUUGGGGUCAACUCUUCGUCACAGCCAUUUGGCUCAUCCCCUUCAUUUGGGGUCAACACUUCAUCACAACCAUUUGCAUCUACGUCUUCCCAAUUUGGCUCAAGCAUUUUUGGCAACACCCAGUCAUCCCCAUUAUUUAGCACUACCACCCCUGCAAAUCCACAGUCUGGUUCUACUUUCGGUCAGAAUAACCCCCCCUUUGGGCAGCCUGGUGCUUUUAGUCAAUCCAACUUGUUCAAUCCACCUUCGUCCGGGCUUGCUGGAAGCAUUUUCUCAAGCAGCACAUCACACACAUCUAAUGCUCUGACAGGUUUUGGUCAAACAACGCCGUCCAUGUCAACACCUUUCCAGACUGCACAACCUGCUCAGUCGAGUGGUACGUUUGCCUUUAGCAACUUCGGCCAGACACAACCUGGUGGUGGAAGUAGCUUCGGUGGAACUCAAGGCAUGUUUGGUCAGAAUAAUUUUGGACUGCAGACUACCCCCCAGAAUUCUGUGGUUGCACAACCAGCACCCAUCAAUACAAACCCAUUUGGAACACUUCCUGCUUUGCCUCAGAUGUCAAUUGGUCGAGUUGGAAGCACUCCUUCCGUUCAAUAUGGAAUCUCUAGCAUGCCUGUCCAGGACAAACCUGCUCCUGUAAGAAUAUCCUCCGUAUUGACUGCUCGCCACCUCUCACAAAGAAGAAUCAAGUAUCCUCUAAGGAAAUAUAAGAAUGAGGAAUCAAGGGUUCCAUUCUUUAGUAAUGACGAGGACACUCCAACAACACCAAAGGCUGAUGCCCUUUUCAUUCCUAGGGAAAAUCCAAGGGCGUUGAUCAUUUGUCCCAUGGAUCAGUGGCCUGGAAAGGCUUCUGAGAAAGCAUCUUCUUUUAAGGAUAGAUACACCUCAGCAAAUGAGAAUGGGAUAAGCUCAAGAGAAGCAGACACAGCACCCAACGACAGUACAAGCUCAGAGGAUAAAGAGAGGACUGCAGCUGAAAAUGGUGUUGUGAAGGAGCAAGUUCAGCCUGUAGGUACCAAGCAUGCAUCCAAUGGGAGUAACGAAGACCAUUCUCUGCAGAAGGCGGAUAUGUACAAGACACUCGGUGGGCACAGAGCUGGUGAGGCUGCCAUUGUGUAUGAACAUGGAGCUGAUGUUGAGGCACUGAUGCCAAAGCUGCGUAAGUCUGAUUACUUCACACUGCCUCGAAUACAUGAACUGGCGGCCAAGGAAAGAGCCGAACCAGGAUUCUGCAGUCAUGUCAAGGACUUUGUGGUCGGAAGGCAAGGUUAUGGUAGCAUCAGAUUUUUGGGUGUGACAGAUGUACGAGGGCUUGAUCUUGAGCCCAUUGUUCAGUUUAACAAUCGUGAGGUGAUUGUAUACAUGGAUGAUUCAAAGAAACCUCCUGUUGGACAAGGGCUGAAUAAGCCUGCUGAGGUCACACUGCUCAACAUAAAAUGUUUUGACAAAAAAACUGGACAACAGUACACUGGAGGGCCAAGAAUCGAGAAAUAUAAAGAGAUGCUCAAGAGAAAGGCUGAGGACCAAGGUGCUGAGUUUGUAUCAUAUGAUGCCAAUAAAGGAGAGUGGAAGUUCAUGGUCAACCACUUCAGUGUUUACAAGCUGGUAGAUGAGGACUAAAGUGUUGGUUUGUCCCAUAUAUGGGAGAGGACAACAAUACAUUUCAUUUUAUAGUUUGUUUGGGAACUUAGAGUAUUGCUCGAAGUGUAUUUGUUUUACACUGUAAAUUGUUUGUGUUUUGUGGAUAGAGCCAGGGCCAACCUUGUUGAUAUGUCCUUUUUGCUUUGGGAUAUAUUUUUAUAGAUUUUACAGUUUGGGAUGUUUCAACUAUUUUUUUUUCUAUAAAAGGAUCUUUGGAGUUUGCAUUA